AUGCUAGAGUACCUGGUUACUCCUCCAGCCUCAUCAAUGUUUGAGUACCUGGUUACUCUUCCAGCCUCAUCCAUGUUAGAGUACCUUGUUACUCCUCCUGAUUCAUCCAUGUUAGAGUACCUCGUUACUCCUCCAGCCUCAUCAAUGUUUGAGUACCUGGUUACUUUUCCAGCCUUAUCCAUGUUACUUGGUUACUCCUCCAAUCUCAUCCAUUUUAGAGUACCUGGUUACUCCUCCAAUCUCAUCCAUUUUAGAGGUCAACACGACUGGGGUCAAGUGGAGAGAGGCGCACUUGCCAAAUGUUUGUUGACAUUGUGUCGUCAGGUCAAGGAUACUCUGAGUAGCGAGCCACGUUUAAUCAAAUUAAAAUCACCUGUCUACAUCUUGGGGGAUAUCCAUGGUAACUACCGCGAUCUGGUUUGUUUUGAGAAAGCACUCUGGAGAAUGGGUCCUCUUCUGACACCUGCUUCAUUUCUGUUCCUCGGCGACUACGUGGAUCGAGGGGAAUACGGUGUGGAGGUGGUAUCAUACUUGUUUGCCCAAAAGUUACUGGCUCCUGGUAAAUUUUACCUAUUGAGAGGAAACCAUGAACUACGAAGUGUACAGGAAAUGUUUUCUUUUAAAUCGGAAUGUCUGUCAAAGUUUGGUGAUGCAAUCGGUCUGCAAAUCUGGGAAGCAGUGAAUGAUUGUUUCGAUGUGAUGCCUAUUGCUGCCACAGUGGAUGACCGGGUGUUUUGUGUACAUGGUGGAAUUCCCAGCAGUGACAAUGAUGGGGGAUAUAUAGAAAAGAUCAACAAAGUGCCUGUACCUCUAAAAGAUCCAGAGAUAGACAGUCCUCUGGCCUGGGAGAUUCUCUGGAGUGACCCUGUCAGCAAUGACCUUUUGACCCCUGAUACUUUGAAGGAUUUGCAGGAUCAUGAUGGUUUUAUCUAUAACACACGACGUGGUACCGCCCACUUCUUCUCCUGCGACGCUCUAAUGAGCUUCCUGGACCGAAACAACCUUUCCCAUGUCAUACGCGCCCAUGAAGUACAAGAAAAUGGAUUCCAGGUUCAGCAGAAAGGGAGACUGCUCACUGUGUUUUCCUCGUCUCACUACUGUGGAGGAUCUAAUGAGGCAGCUUGCGUCCUAGCAGACAAUUUCAAACUCCGCAUGAUCCGCAUUGAUACUACUUGAUGCUCAGGACACUUAUUGUUAAAUGCUGCCAGCAAACUUAUUUCAGACUCAAUAGGAAAUUCUGAAUUGAGAUCUUCACCCUUCAAGUUUCUUACAGUAUAAUUGUCAAUGUAUGAGAAAUGCAGCAUACAGUCAUAUUCUUGAACAUUUCUCUUUUUUAUCACAUUUUGUAUUAUUUCAUCUCAAUCUUUUAGGGGAAAUAUUUUUCUUCGGGUUGUUAAUGUCAGUAGAAUAGAAGUUUUCAUAACACAACCAUUGGAAGAUUAGAGUGUGAAGUGUUGAUGACUACACGGUCAACUUCAUCUUAUAA